AGUUGGCCCGAAAACUAGCCCAAAAACUAGGUUGUCAAAAACAUAUAGUACCACAGUUUACCCACGCUCCCACUGUAACCCCUAAUAAAAACACAAACCCAAAACCCUAAAUCUGCCACCCAUCACCAAACCCACCUCACUUUCCCAGUUGCCACCAAUUUUCCCAGGGAAGAAAAAAAGAUUCUUUUUUCCAAGAAAAUACAAACCCAAUGGAGGAAAAUGAGGCCUUGCCCGACCACCUCCGAUGCAAGAGAACCGACGGGCGUCAAUGGCGUUGCAAACGGCGGGUAACGGAGGGCAAGAAGCUGUGCGAGGUUCAUCACAUCCAGGGGCGCCACCGCCAGAACAAGGAAAAAGUCCCCGAAUCGCUCAAGCUCAAGAGAGAGAGAAACAAGGGUAAGGAUCAAGACUUUGGCGGUGAUGAGAGAGAAGGAAUAAUUAGGGGUUUUAAGAGAGAGAGGAAGGAGGGGAAAUUGAGGCCGGGGGCGGCGAAGCGGAGGCGGAAGACUGUUGGGGUUUCGGAGGCGUUGGAUGGGGCUCUGAGGAAGAUGAGGUUGAGGAGAGGGGACUUGCAGUUGGAGCUGAUUAGGGUUUUCUUGAAAAGGCAGGUGGAGAAGAGGAAGGAGAGGGAGUUGGAAAAGAAUGGUGGGUGUGAGAGGGAGUUUACUAGAGAGUUGCCUUAUGGGUUGAUGGAGAUUUCGCCCGCAUUUUCGCCGGGUUUUUCUGAGCAGAUUAUGAACAAUGCCAGUCCUUCUUGUGAUGUCAAAUUGGGGAUUGACUUGAAUUCUUCCCCGCGGAGGUGCUUCCGAUCAAAAAACAUCGAGCCGAUUCCUAUUAGCACAAUGCAGAUCGUACCGUUUGCAAGCAAUGUCGCUAAGCUGAGGAAAGUGAAGAAGAAGAAAUGCCAUUGGUGCCGGAAGAGUGGCUUCCGGACUAUUGUUAAGUGCUUGAGCUGCAAGAAAGAACACUUUUGCACUGAUUGUAUCGACGCAAGGUUAUAUGUCAUUCAAGAAGUAAAAUUGGCAUGUCCGGUUUGUCUUGGAACUUGCAGCUGUAGAGCCUGCUUGACGAAUCAAUCUAAAGACGAUGAACAGAAGGAUCAGUGUAAGAAUGAAAAGAGGGUCAACAAAAUUCAGCAUUUGCAGUAUCUGAUAUAUAUGCUCUUGCCUGUGUUGGAGCAAAUAAAUCGAGAGCAAAACAUUGAGCUGGAGUUAGAAGCAAAACUCAAAGGGUGCACAAUAUCUCAAGUUCAGAUUCAGCAGGAUGAAUUUAGUUGCAAUAAGCUACGCUGCUGCAAUAACUGCCAAACAUCAGUGGUGGAUUUCCAUAGAAGCUGCAGAAAUUGUUCAUACAUACUUUGUUUAAGUUGUUCAGAGAUUUUCAGAGGGUCCUCAUCCAGAGUUAUGAAAGCAUUUAUCUCAAAAUGCUCUAAUAGAAGUAAACCUUGUAAAUCUGGUGACAAGUUACGGUCAAAGGCAAAAAAGAUAAGUUCCUCUAGGCAAGAGAGUGCCAGAAGAUUCCGUGCUUCUCCUACAACAUCACCCAAGUGGAAAGCUUGUAACGACAACGGCGGAAUAAUUUGCCCACCUCUUGCUUUUGGUGGUUGUGGUGAUGGCAUCCUUGAUUUAAGUUGUGUAUUGCCUUUCAGUUGGACCAAAGAGCUGGAAUUAAGUGCAAAAGAAUUAAUUUGCAGCUAUUGCUCCCCGGAAGCUCAAGAUGCUUCUUCGUGUUGCUCACUAUGUAAGGACAAUAAAGGCUGUAAAAGAAAGGUGUUGCAAGGUGGGGCUUUAAGAGAAGAUUUGGAUAAGUUUCUUUACUGCCCCUCUGCAAAGAAUCUUUGUGAUGAGAACCUUGGGCACUUUCAGAAGCACUGGGGUGAAGGUCAACCUGUUAUAGUUCGUAGAGUGGUCAAGAGUAGACCCGAUCUAAGUUGGGAUCCGGUUGUCAUGUUCUGCACUUACCUUGAGAAGUCUAGUAAUAGAUCACAAAAUGAUAAGGAAGCUGGUAAAGCUACAAAUUGCUUGGACUGGUGCGAGAUAGAAAUUUGUAGAAAGCAGCUCUUUAUGGGGUCUCUGGAGGGCAGGUCGCACGCAAAUAUGCGUUAUGAGCUGUUGAAAUUGAAAGUCUGGCUUUCUUCUUAUUUGCUUCAAGAACAGUUUCCAGAUCAUUAUGCUGAGAUCAUCCGUGCUCUACCACUUCAAGACUAUUUGAACCCGGUGUCUGGUCUUCUAAAUUUAGUAGCAAAUCUGCCAAAGGAUACGGCAAACCCAAGCCUGGGCCCUGGUUUAUAUAUCUCAUUUGGUUGUCCUGACGACUUAAUGCAGCCUGAUUUUUUGACAAAAUUAUCUUAUGACUCACAUGAUGUGGUUAACAUUCUGGUACAUACAACAGAUGUCCCAAUUUCAUCAGAGCAGUUGACUAAAAUAAAAAAUUUGAUGAAGUGUUGUCGCAGUCAAGACAACAAUACCGGGAGUAAUACAAGAGAGAAAACGGGAGGGGAAGAAAAAUCAUCAGUGCUUAGUGGAAACACUGAGGAGUCCAGUAUGCAUGAUAUUAUGGAAGAAGGGUUACGCUUACCUAAUGGAGCACAUAACACAAAUAUGUCUGAUGUCGAAGGACAUGAUUCUGAAUCUGAAUCCGAGGCCUCAAUACUUUGCUCUGGAAUCACCCAGAGCUCCGAAGACUCAGAUGAUCAGAAUUUCUUCCGAGAUCAAAGUAAGAGCUCUAAUUUUUGUGCAGAGCAACAAGGUGCUGAUUCUUGUGGGGCUCAAUGGGACAUUUUUCGCAGACAAGAUGUCCCCAAACUACUAGAAUAUCUUUCCAGACACUCUAAUGAGUUCAGCCAUACAUAUUCCUUUCCACAAAGUGUUAUUCAUCCAAUUCUUGACCAGAGGUUUUACCUCGAUGUAACUCACAAAACCAGGCUUAAGGAGGAAUUUAAUAUUGAACCAUGGACAUUCAAGCAAAACCUUGGAGAAGCUGUUAUGAUUCCCGCUGGAUGUCCGUAUCAAAUAAGAAAACUGAAGUCCUGCGUUAAUGUCAUUUUGGACUUCAUCUCACCCGAAAAUGCUACAGAGUGCAUCAACUUGAUUGACAAACUUCGUCUACUUCCUGUACAUCAUAAAGCCAGGAAAAAUAUGUUGGAGGUGAAGAAAAUGACCCUUGGUAGUUUAUCUGCAGCAGUCAAAGAAAUGAGUAAUCUCAAUGGUGCACUGUAAGUAGCCCUCUUGAACAAUGAAAUAUAACUUCAUUGAAGCCCAUGUGCCGGGCUACCCAUUUGUCACAUUCUUUAAUCCAAUUUAUAAUGUGAAUAGCCUAAUCUUUGGCAGUC